AUGUAUCCAUAUCCAGCCAACUCGCCUGCCACAAACAACAACAUGAUCACGCCGAUGUACGGAAAUCAAGGCUACGAAUUUUAUCGGCCCACCGCGUCUCAUUACUCGUCCGUUCAUUUCCCUGUUUAUCCCGCACACGGACAAUAUCAAGCGAGGCAAGAUCGCCUCUAUCCUCCUAUUCCACGCACUCAACAUGUGCCGCAUCAAAGACACGAGAUGGUAAAGCCGCCAUACUCUUACAUCGCGCUUAUUGCUAUGGCAAUUCAGAGUGCACCAGAGAAGAAAAUAACACUUAGUGGAAUAUAUCAAUUUAUCAUGGACAGAUUUCCGUAUUAUAGAGAGAAUAAACAAGGCUGGCAAAACUCAAUCCGACACAAUCUUUCUUUAAACGAGUGCUUCGUCAAAGUGCCAAGGGAUGAUAAGAAACCGGGCAAAGGAAGUUUCUGGAGUUUGGAUCCCGAGAGUUUGAACAUGUUCGAGAAUGGAAGCUACCUGCGAAGACGAAAACGCUUCAGAAAGAAGGAUAAAACAACGUCAGAAAGCAGCAACAACACCGAGAAUCAAGACAAAAAGGAGCAUAGCACUUCCGCCGACACAAAGACAACAAGCUCUGAAAACUCAACAACAACUUCCGCUGCGCAAGAAAAGGCUAAAGAGCAUGAGACGCUAACAAGUAGUACACAGAUAGCUCGGGCAGAAUCCUUAGAGUCUACCGCAAAAUCAGAGAGUAAAGUAACGCCCGCCACAAAGGCCAGCCCACCAUCCUGCAAGCGUGAGUGCAUGGUUAACUCUGAAGAGGGAGACAUUGCAUCGAGUAAUUCGCCUGGUGAGAUCAGUGAAGCGCCACAGGCUUCCACUCCACCUUCCUUCCCUACAGUUCCUCCGUGCACCAUUUACGAGAAUGCGUACGGGUUGAACUACCCCUCCUAUCACCAAAACGGGCAACAAGGCAGCUACUCGAGCGCACCGUACGCAGCCUGCCACUCUCCCUCCUACACCAGUUCAAACACACCCAAUGGCCGGGCUUACGUUCACCGAUACGAGCCUCAGAUGAGCCCUGAGCACCCAGCCGUUGUUCCUGGCCGCUACUCACCGCAUUUGAGCCAUUACAGUCAGCAAGCCACACAAAACCAACACGUAGAGGAGGUCCAAGUACACCGGCAACAAUACGCUGCAGAUUAUGAACCUCCAGCUAGAGCGGGCCAGUGGUACUCAUCAACGAGCUACCACAGUAAUGAGUCGUCUGUCUCCAGCGCCCAUAACUGCUUCCCGAAUGUACGCGAGAUGUUUGAAUCGCAGCGUCUGAUCGCUCCUAGUGGUGGACAGACAGUGCCGGUCAUGCAAGCAACUCAAGGUCAGUUUGGAUCUUCUAAUGCUGCUUAUCACUCAACUGCGGCAUCCGUGCCUCAGUACACUCUUUAAUCUUUGAUCUCCUCACUGAACUAAGACUAUUUUAGGACAAGACAUUGUGGAAGGGUUCAGAGCCUUUAUGGAAAUGUAUAGUGUUCUUUCGUUUUUCUGUACUUUUUGCUUUGUUGGGAAUGGAUACUCAACUCAGAUGUAAAGAGAGAGAGACUUAAUUUUUUAGGCACGACAAGAAUAUAUUUUACCAAGUUUUAUACAAUUCGUAGUUGUACCCCAAGCGUUAUUCGGGGUUUCCGCGAUUUUUAAGUUUCAUUUUAAGCGCCAAGUUGUUUGACAAUUGAUUUUUGUACCGGUGUAGUUUGUUUGUAGUGAGGCUUAGGAGCAACAAGCGUUGUUUUCUUUCAACUCGCCCUCCACAAGUGUUUCACUGUAUGUCGCCCACAAUGCUCACAGUAUGA